AUGAUGAAUCAGCGACUACACCUUCUUGUUCUGGUGAUUCUGACUGUUUUCGCCUUGGUCCAUGGAGAUUCUGUCAAAAGGUCUUUGUUAACAUGUCGUCAGAACUGCGCCGAACUUUGUGAUCCGGUUCUGGUUGGUUUUUUGGAAUUUUUGUUUUGAUGGUAAAACCUAGGGUAACUUUUGAGCAUGUUUCUUAAUUUUUCUGAAUUUCUUGCUCCAUGAAUUCGAUACGAAUUCUGAUAAUUAACGUCAAUAUUCAUUGUUUGAUUCACUUUCCAACGAAAACUGAUAGCUUAAACAAUUUUUUUGAAGAUGUUUCAAUGAACUCAUGACCUUUUGAGAUGAAAUAAUAAGAAUAUUGUAGUGAGAAGGGUGAAUAAAAUUGGCCUAGAAAGCUCAGAAAUUUUACAGAAGCUUAAAAAUACCACUGAGCCUCGAAUCAAACGCUCAAAAUUGAAUAACUUUCUCUCAGAAAAUUUGUUAACCCAACUUUUCAAAAUCAAAUGUGAAAUUUCGCCCAUUCAUUGUCCCUUUUACCCCGAAAAAACUAAUUUAAGAAACUUCUGACCUAACAAAAACUGAUUAAUCUCUGAUUUCCAGGGUGUUUGCGAUCGCUACUUCAAAUGUCUCUGUCUGAACAACGUCCUGGUCCGUCCAGCCAUUUCCGCGCUGAAUUAA